AUGACAGUUCACAGCCCUGAGUGCUGUAUCGAUGACUAUGAAGAAAUUGUCAAGUUGCUGCUUGAGGCUAAAGCUGAUGUGAAUGCGUGUGACAGUGAGCUGUGGACCCCACUGCAUGCAGCCGCAACGUGUGGACAUCUACAUCUGGUGCAAGAACUCAUCCAACACGGUGCUAAUCUCAUGGCUGUCAACGCUGACGGGAACAUGCCUUACGACUUGUGUGAGGAUGAUGUCACUCUGGACUACAUCGAGAGUGCGAUGGCCCAACAAGAUAUCACUCAGGAGAAAAUUGAUGAAUCCAGAAUGGCAACCGAGAGGUGGAUGGUUGAAGACAUACAGCGGCUAUUGGAGAAUGAGACCGACCUGAACAGCCAGAAUGAUGUGGGCACUUCUCUGCUUCACAUUGCUGCAGCGAAUGGAUACACAGAAGCUGCUAACCUGCUGCUCGCUCGCAAUGCCAAAGUGAAUUUAAAGGAUGUUGAUGGCUGGGAACCACUGCACGCUGCAGCCUGUUGGGGACAGGUUCAUGUGGUGGAGCUGUUGCUGGCUCAUGGAGCCAGUCUGAAUGCCCGAUCCUUCCUGGAUGAGACUCCAAUAGAUGUCUGUGGCGAUGAAGAGAUUCGUAAUAAGAUGCUGGAACUGAAACACAAACACGAUGCAAUAAUGAAGUCACACGACAAACACAAGACUGCCUUACAACGACGGACAUCCAGUACAGGGAGCAGAGGGAAGGUUGUCCGUAAAGUCAGUGUCACAGAGCGGAGCAAUAUGUACCUGAAGGAGCACAAAGAGGAGGCCAUUGUCUGGCAGCAGGUGGGCAGCAAGGAGAGUGACCCUGAGCUGCAGGACGAAGAAGACGAGGAUGCACAGACGGACUCUGAACUAAAGCAGUAUGGAUCGAGUGCAGCUGCCCACGUGCUGAAAGGUGAUGAGGGUCUGAGCGAGGUGAGGUGGGCCAGUGGUGAGCUGACUCUGAGGAAUGGCUGUGCAGUUCCAGCCAGUGCUCUUGAGCAGGACGCCAGGGACCUGGACCAGAGCGCAUCCUCCCAGCUGGUCAGCAGAGAGGAGCCACCAUCUGACCUGAACAAGGAGAAAGCUCACCACACACUGGCUGACCUGAAGAGGCAGCGGGCAGCUGCUAAGGUCCAGAAGCAGCUUGUGCCCGAGGAGCAGUUGGCUAGAGAGUCAGCCGACAGUGUUGUGUCUCAGCCUCCCAACCCGAGCCCACCUGAACAGAACUCCAUCUACUUCACUGCAGCGAGCGGCGAUCCUCCACUAGUCAAAUUCAAGGCUCCUGUGGAAGAGGCUCCAAGUGAGAAGUCCGGGCGAUGCUGUAAAAUGAUGUGAGGCUUCGAGAGUCUGCAAUGGGACAGUGAGCCCCACGUAGGAUGGUCUGUGAUGGGAGACAAAGAUCUAAAUGUCUACUCCUCGGGAGCCUGAUCUCUGAGCUCCGACAAUUGCGUUAACCUGGACUGUUCUGCUCUACAAAUACUUCACUGUUUGGGCCGGAUGGGGGUUGGAGGGGGAGAAAAGGCUUUAUUUCUAUAAAAACACACCAACCCUCUCCCCACCCCCGUUCCCUGUUCAACACCAGCUGCUCUCGACUGCCAGAAACAAUACGGAAUACCAACAAAAGCAUCCCAGGAUCAGAGGGGUUAGUGCCUCUGAGCAUUCAGUGAAGCAGGCAGCUGUCUAACCUGUUUACAUGAGCAACGCUUCCAAAGCAGCUGGCAGCGUGGGGAUUAAUUUCAUUAAUCUGCCUGCCGCUGCAACACAGUCCACUCAGCCCUUUCACGCUGUCGCUGUAACCAGCCUACCCCCGUCAGUGUGUAUGUGUGUGUGUGUGCACGCCUAGGGCACUGAUUCACUGAUCCAGCAUUGUUUCCUCACCAGCUGGAGUUACCCAUUCCCUCCACACUACAUUCCAGAAAGAGAUUUCACUAGCAGCCAGGGUGGACCUGUGCUUUUACUGAUGGAUGUCCAGCUGCUGUGCAUUGGGUAGCCAUCCAGAUGCAAAGCUUUGCGUUGAGGCUUAAAUUGUUUCAGGUUCAUCAAACAGACGAUCUCUCAGAGAGGCUGGAGGUGGCCUGGCUAGAAAAUCUUAAACAGUUGCACUUUUAAGGGGCACCUGGUUAUGCAGAGUACAGUCUCCAGGAGUUUCCCCCUCUGUCCAAUCUUUCAAGAAUCUGCACUGGGAGUAUAUGGAAUAAUGUACAGAGAACAUUAUUCUGUACUUAACCCCGUGCUGUCCCUGUCCUGGGAGUGUUUGAUGGGGGACAGUGUAGAGGGAGCUUUCCUCUGUAUUUAACCCCGUGCUGUCCCCGUCCUGGGAGUGUUUGAUGGGGGACAGUGUAGAGGAAGCUUCACUCUGUAUCUAACCCCGUGAUGUCCCUGUCCUGGAAGUGUUUGAUGAAGAACUGUACCCAAUGGAGUAUUCCAGGCCCCCAUCCUUGACAUCAACCACCUGAGAAGCACAAAUGACUUUUCUUAAUUGUUUUCAAAGAAAGAAAUGUUAAUAAAUGUAAUAUAUUCCGAUACA